UUUAAUUUCAAUUGAUUAUACAUAUAUCUUAAAAAAUAUAAAUAAAAUGAAUAAAUGACUUGAUAUAUUUUUAUUUACAAAGAAAAAUCCAAGAUGAAUAGUCUUUAUAUUGUGCUGGCUGUAGUCAUAGCUGUCACAAAUGUCAAAACCUUGGGAGCCUUGAAAGUCCAGGUUUUUUAUGAAACGUUAUGCCCAGACAGUCAACAUUUCAUAACCACUCAACUCAAUCCAACUUUCGCACAACUUGGCAGCGAAAGAAUCGAUCUAGAAUUGAUUCCUUAUGGACACGCUAGUGAAGAAACUGACGCAAAUGGAACGAAAACUUUCACCUGUCAACACGGUCCAGAUGAAUGCUACGGAAACAAGGUUCACGCAUGCGUCAACAAUUUAUCUCGUGCCAUAGAAGAAUCGCUUCACUUUGCUUAUUGUUCUGAGCUUUCUCAUACUCCAGCUAAUGUUACUGUUUUGCAAGUGUGUGCCCAAGGAGCAGGUAUUUCUUGGAGCAAAGUAGAAGAUUGCCUGUCAAGCGGUUUAGCUGAUGAACUUCUGUCUGCGAAUGGUCGGAAGACAGCUCUAGUAGAUGCAGGGAAUAUUCCUACAAUUGUUUUCAAUAAAAUCUACUACCCGAACCGGGAGAGUGCUUGGUUCAAUUUCAAAGAAACUGUUUGUCAAUUUGUUGAUUGUAUUUAUUAAAAUCGUUAAUUGGUAUUUUUCUUUUAACUCACAAAUAACAAAUAUAUAAGAUUGUUUCAUUUCAAAACUA